GUGUUGAAAAAAUUGGCUUAUCACUACAGUUUGUGGUGUGAUCUGUUAAUGGAAUUUUUUUCUCUUUAACAAGGUGGAAGCAUACAGAAGAGACCCCGUCUGGACAUUGAAAGACCUGCUCCCCUGGAUAGUAACAACUACAAGUUCCACACUGUACUGGGACAAGGAGGCUUUGGCCAGGUGAUGUUGGCUUCUUUUAGACCAAAUAAACAACUGGUAGCAAUUAAGAUCUUGAAGAAACAGAAGAACGACUGCUAUUCCAUCGCUAAAGAAGCUCGUGUAUUGAAGAUCAGCAGAGAAUGUGCAUUUUUAUGCCAUUCUUAUGCAACUUUUCAGUCAGAGCUUGAAGCCUUCUUUGUCCUGGAGUAUGCCAGUGGGAAAUCUUUAUGGCAAAUGAUUAUGCGUGAAGGAGGUCUGCCAAUGUCGACAAUCAUGUUCUACACAGCAGAGAUGGUGGUUGCCCUCCAGUUCCUGCAUUCUAAGGGAAUCAUUCAUCGUGAUCUGAAGCCGGACAACAUAUUAGUGGAUAAAGACGGCCACAUAAAGAUCUGCGACUUUGGCAUUGCAGAAGAGAACAUCUUUGGCCAGAGGAAAACCUACGGCUUAGCAGGAACCCCUGGAUAUCGGGCACCAGAGAUUCUAUUAAAGGAAGACUACAAUACAGCCGUGGAUUGGUGGUCUUUUGGGGUGACAAUGUAUGAAAUGGCCACAGGUGAAUUGCCAUAUUCAACAUCAGGCAGCAUUUUAAGGCAGCGAUAUAUGAUUUUGAACAAAACACCAAAAUAUCCAUGUUAUAUGAGCGAGGAAAUGCUGGACCUCCUGCCUAAGCUUUUGGAGAUUGAUAACACCAAACGAAUUGGACAGAAUGGGAAUAUCAGGGAGCAUCCCUUCUACAGCACUAUCAACUGGGAUGAUCUGGAAAAUCGAAGACUGAAGACACCUUUUCAGCCAGAAAUGCCAUCUGCGGACGACUUAGAUGAAUAUCCGCUAACAUUCUCCCCUCAUAGUUGCGAUGGAAAGAAUUUGAAAGAUUUCUCUGAAGUUGAUUCCAACUGGAAUUGGCAGGAGUAAGGCAUUACCUCUGUU